UGCAUUAUGUGCCGCUCGGCCCUGGCUUUUUUUACUGCCACAUUAGUCUGCCUGCAAAACUGCAGGCCAGGUCCUGCCCCAUUCCUCCGGGCGGCCUGGGUGUUUUCAGUUGUUCUUGGACUGGGCCAAAGUGAAGACAAUAGAUGUGCAUCUUCGAAUGCAGUGUCCUGCACCAAGUGCCUUGCGCUGGGUCCGGAAUGUGGAUGGUGUGCUCAAGAGGAUUUCAUUUCAGGUGGAUCAAAGAAUGAACGUUGUGAUAUUGUUUCCAAUUUAAUAAACAAAGGCUGCUCAAUUGAUUUGAUAGAAUACCCAUCUGUGCAUGUAACACCAAGUGAAAAUGAAAUUAAUACCCAGGUGACACCAGGAGAAGUGCUGAUUCAGCUACGUCAAGGAGCUGAAGCUAAUUUUAUGCUGAAAAUUCAUCCUCUGAAGAAAUAUCCUGUGGAUCUUUAUUAUCUGGUUGAUGUCUCAGCAUCAAUGCACAAUAAUAUUGAAAAAUUAAAUUCAGUUGGAAAUGAUUUAUCUAGAAAAAUGGCAUUUUUCUCCCAUGACUUCCGCCUUGGAUUUGGCUCAUACGUUGAUAAAACAGUUUCACCAUACAUUAGUAUCCAUCCAGAAAGAAUUCAUAAUCAAUGCAGUGACUACAACUUAGACUGUAUGCCUCCCCAUGGGUAUAUCCAUGUGCUGUCUUUGACGGAGAACAUCACUGAGUUUGAAAAAGCAGUUCACAGACAGAAGAUCUCUGGAAAUAUAGAUACACCUGAAGGAGGUUUUGAUGCUAUGCUUCAGGCAGCUGUCUGUGAGAGUCACAUUGGAUGGCGAAAAGAAGCUAAAAGAUUGCUGCUGGUGAUGACAGAUCAGACAUCUCAUCUUGCUCUAGACAGCAAAUUGGCAGGCAUAGUGGUGCCAAAUGACGGAAACUGCCAUCUGAAAAACAACAUCUACGUCAGAUCAACAAGCAUGGAACAUCCCUCACUAGGCCAACUUUCAGAAAAGUUAAUAGACAACAACAUUAAUGUCAUAUUUGCAGUUCAAGGAAAACAGUUUCACUGGUAUAAGGAUCUUCUACCCCUCUUGCCUGGCACCAUUGCUGGUGAAAUAGAAUCAAAGGCUGCAAACCUCAAUAAUCUGGUUGUAGAAGCCUAUCAGAAACUCAUUUCAGAAGUGAAAGUUCAGGUGGAAAACCAGAUAAAAGGCAUCUAUUUUAACAUUACUGCCAUCUGUCCAGAUGGGAGCAGAAAGCCAGGCACAGACGGAUGCGGAAAUGUGACAAGCAAUGACGAAGUUCUUUUCAAUGUAACAGUUACAAUGGAAAAAUGUGAUGUCAUGGAAGGAAAGAGCUAUGCAAUAAUCAAACCUAUUGGUUUCAAUGAAACCACUAAAAUUCAUAUACAUAGGAACUGCAGCUGUCAGUGUGAUGACAGCAAAGGACCUAAAAGAAAGUGUGUAGAAGAAACUUUUCUAGAUGCCAAGUGCUUCCAGUGUGAUGAGAAUAAAUGUCAUUUUGAUGAAGAUCAAUUUCCUUCUGAAAGUUGCAAGUCACACAAGGAUCAACCUGCUUGCAGCGGUAGAGGAGUUUGUAUUUGUGGGAAAUGUUUAUGUCACAAAAUUAAGCUUGGAAAAGUAUAUGGAAAAUACUGUGAAAAAGAUGACUUUUCUUGUCCAUAUCACCAUGGAAAUCUGUGUGCUGGGCAUGGAGAGUGUGAGGCAGGCAAAUGCCAGUGCUUCAGGGGCUGGGAAGGGGAUCGGUGCCAGUGCCCAUCAGCAUCUGCCCAGCACUGUGUCAAUCCAAAAGGCCAAGUGUGUAGUGGAAGAGGCACAUGUGUAUGUGGCAGGUGUGAGUGCACCGAUCCCAGGAGCAUCGGCCGCUUCUGUGAACAUUGUCCCACAUGUCACACAGCCUGCAAUGAAAACUGGAAUUGUGUGCAAUGCCUUCACCCUCACAAUCUGUCUCAAGCUAUACUUGAUCGGUGUAAAACCUCAUGUACUCUCAAGGAACAGCAUUAUGUGGACCAAACAUCAGAAUGUUUCUCUAGCCCAAGCUACUUGAGGAUAUUUUCCAUCAUCUUCAUAGUUACAUUCUUGAUUGGGUUGCUUAAAGUCCUUAUUAUUAGACAGGUGAUACUACAAUGGAAUAGUAAUAAAAUUAAGUCCUCGGAAGAUUACAGGGUGUCAGCCUCAAAAAAGGACAAGUUGAUUCUGCAAGGCGUUUGCACAAGAGCAGUAACCUACCGACGUGAGAAACCUGAAGAAAUAAAAAUGGACAUUAGCAAAUUAAACACUCAUGAAACUUUCAGGUGCAACUUCUAAAAAGAUAAAAAAGUACUUUAUGGGAAACUGGAUUUUUAAUGAUCGCUCCUAAAAAUUAUUAUUAUAAAAUAGUAAUUUUAUAAGUCACAGGAGGAGAUAAAUUUUCUAGAUCAUGCCAGUUGCUGGUUGUCCACUCGAAUGAAGACUGACAAGCAUCCUCAUCAUCAUGUGACUCACACUGCUGCUGAAUUCUUCAGAGAAAAAUGUGUCUUACUACUGUUUGAUACUAGUGUCAUUGUAGCACUUUACUGUAAUAUAUAACUUAUUUAGAUCAGCAUAGAAUGUAGAUCAUCUGAAGAGCACUGAUUACACUUUACAGGUACCCGCCAUUUCUACACUUCCCAGAGAGACAAUGCUGUGAGAUAGUUUUGGCAUUGUGUCACUACAAGGGUACAGUAAUCCCUGCACCAAACAUGCAGAUGAAAAAAUAAUACGGCAGUUAUACUAAUGUUGCCAAACACUUCAACAAUUGGCAGUGAAUAGACAAGAACAGAUAGAUGAGUAAAUGAUUAGUGUUUCACUCAUUCAAGAGAUGAACAGAUAAAACCUUAAUCUUGAGGGAUAUUGCUUUUGAAACUAGUUUUAUGCAUGUGUGUUUGUUUUCUUCUUUUACAAGAUGGAUAUUAAUUCUAACAUUCUUUCCUCUUUGCCUUUAUAUUUUGGU